AUCUAACACGCACGAAGCCCCGACGUCGCGAGAGAUCAGUAUUAGGUCCUCUCUUUGCUUUGCAAAUUCAGUCAAGGAGAUUUUCAGGUUAUGGCAAUAAGCGGCUACAUACUCGGUUAUUUUCUCUCUCGCUGAGAUUGAAAGGGUUUCGUAGUAAAGGUAGCAAUUGCCAAUUGCUAAAAUAGGCCGUUUCUAGCGACUGGACUGUUCCGGCAAAUGAAUUCUAUCGAAUGGGAAUUUUCAGACGUUUAUAUGAAAGAAUUCAACGUGAGUGGAACAUCGUUAGCCCGCAAGAGUUUAGUACCGCUAAUUCACCUCUGCCUUGCUUGAGUUGUGAGCACCUGUUGCGCUAGACGGAGUUGCCAGACGCUCGAUGACAGUUGACUAAAUUUCAUUUCUUGCUUUUCUACUGCGGCCACAUCGACUCUUACACCACAAUGUUAUCAUAAGCCUAUGUAUAGAAGCAUACAUAUUAAUGGCAUACGACAGGUAACUGGAAAUAUAGAUUGGUUGUGGAUGUGGCGACAAUGAACUGGAAAGGGAGUGACGUAGACGUUACUUUAUGGCUGUCGGGUGGAUGGAUGACUGUGGAAACUUGGAAAGUGCCUCGGCCAAGUUACUGUUAGUUAAGUGCUAAGGGAGUCUCCGAGAGCUCGUCGGGAUCUGAUGCCGUUCGGAAAUGUGAAAGACUUCAUCAAGUUUUAACGAUGUUUCCCUGUGUGCCUUACAUAUUCAAUCGUGUGACCAUAUAGCUUGGGGAAUUACGUAUUUCCAGUGCUCUUUGAAACAAUCAAUGUGAUUCUGAUUGCUGUUUCGGGAAAUCAAAAGAUAUUGGCACUGUGUGAAAGUCGAAACGUGCGUGGAGAAUUUCAUUAGAAAAAAAAUAUUUGUCUAAGUGAAUGUUGACAACCGUGAAUAGGGUCUUUUACUCUCCCGUUGCAGGGAAAAAUUCUUGUCAGAACCGUAACGCGAAAGUCAUUUUUUGUUUGUCAUAAACCUUUCAAUCGUCAAGUUAAUGAGUGGAACAAUUCAAGUCUCUUGGCUACAGCAAAGUGGGGCAUAGCUCCUCAGUCAUGCCUUCCCGUCGAGUACAACAGUACCAAGCAGGUGGACCUUUGGUUGGAUUGACAGCGAGGACCCUCUCUGUUCCCGCCCCCUUUCACGAAUCGAAGGGCAAGUUUCCCCAGGAACGAAAUCAUACGAGAGUUCUUGACGCAGCCAUGGGCACUUUAGCAGAGGGGGCGGUCGUCAGAGAGCAGCUGAAUCGUAUGCCCAGUGGGGGGCAUCAAACUCUACUGGAGGAGGGGACCGAGUCCUCUAACCGCCACUUGAUGAGGCAUCGCUCGCGAUCGUCGAUGUCGGCAGCGACUCCCCCCCGUAGUAGGGAGGCUGAGAACCCGUGGCAACGAAGCUCCUCUCCCGAACACCUUCGUCAGCACAGCAGGCAUUCUUCACCUUCAGAGGUUGGCGAUUCCGGCGUGAGUUCUGAGCACGACACGCCCCCUCCCAUUUCCAAAAAUGCAGUUCGAUGCCAACCUUUGCGCCAUCGUAAUUCAUCCGAUUCAGACAGCGAGAGCAAUCUGUCCAACGACUCCUUACCAGACGCCUUCCACCCGAAGAAACCCAGCAACCACUUAUUGUCGCGGAGCGCUCUGAGGUCAUCGUCCUCGCGCCCUUCCUCCGGCGGCAAAGGAAACUUGCCCGAAGCUCUGCUGAGCGAGAUUCGAGAGAAAUGGACGGAACUGCAACAGAGAAGGGCCCAGCAAGGUCGUCCGGGGGAUGCUGUGUUAGGCAGGGCGGGCAGCCAAGCUCAGUGGUCAUCCAGCCGCCAUCCCCACCGUCGGUCGUGUCCUGCGAGUCCCACCUUGUCGCGCUCCUCCUCCACCAACUUCCCCUCUUCUCUCUCACUAUUCGAGGAGGAAGUCGAUUCCGCCGCUCGAUCCUCGCCCGUGUCCUUUGAGAGCUGGCGACAGCAGCAACCCCCCCCUCCCCAAAUGGCUCCAGUGCGCAUGGACGAUGCUCGGUCGCUCUUUGAGUGUCGCGACGACGAAGCCGGACAUGGUUUCGCAGGCCUUCGGGACAUCUUUUCUCCCCAGCAGGAGUCGACGAUCAAGAGCUACAAAGGAACUGUCAGAGGAGUCAAGAACCGCGUGCGCGCGGGCAUUGCCACUUUCACAUCAGACCAGCGCAUCUUGAAACACUUUAUGGAGCGCGAGCGAGGGAAGGUCGUCGUCUACGUCACGACACUCGGCAUCAUCCGGGACACUUACGAACGAUGCUUGAGGAUCCGGAAGAUCUUGUGGACGCUGCUGGUGCGCUUCGAGGAGCGGGACGUCUUUAUGGCCAGAGACACCCAGAUUCAGCUGCUGGACAGACUCCACGCCAGAGGGAUCACCGUGCCCCAUGUCUUCCUCGAGGGACAGUAUCUCGGGGAUGCGGAGGUGAUCGAGCGGCUGAACGAGUGUGGGGAGCUGCGAAGACUCCUGCAGCCUUAUAGGAAGGCAUCGUCGAACUCGUUCUGCAAUUCCUGCGGAGGCUUCCGACUGCUGCCCUGCUCUGCUUGCAACGGCUCCAAGAAAUCGGUCCACCGCAACGACUUCACCCUGGAAUUCGUCGCCCUCAAGUGCUCCAGCUGCGACGAAUCGGGCCUCGUGAAGUGUCUGGAAUGCGCUGAAUACAAGGAGGAACACGACGAUCACGCGCCUCUCUGAAAACACCUCCAGGAGAAAGACAGAAGAUCAAUCUGACUGGAAGUUCCUCCCGCGCUCUCAUUCAUGUCCCGAAUGGUACUUCAAGUACUGGAUGUGAUGUGAUUUUGUUUUGCUAGAAUAUAUAUACAUAAAAAAACAUAUUGCAAUAGAAGAUUUAAUGGUGAGGCAUAGUGAAGUUGGUCGUUUUGUGAAUCUGUUCAUCAGGAAAACCUGAUUAGAAGACAAAUAUUUUCCGACCGCGUCAACAUUUGCAAUGUUUCAGCCUCGUGCUCAUGACUCAUUUGCAAAGUUCUGAAAUGCAAGUAAGACUGCAAGUCGGGUAUAGAAUACGUCCAGCAUGAAAAUACAUUAUUCUCUCUCUUUCUUUCUCUCACUGUCGCUUAUCACUCCAGAUGAACAUUUUGAAAGACUUAAGAAGAGAAGUGGAGCGAGUGAUCACUCCCCAAAGGACGACAUGGAAAGAGAAACGGAGAGAAGCUUCACUCUCGCUGACCGAUGUGAUGACAGAUGUGAUAUAUUAUAUAUAAUAUAUAAAUGUUAUCAUUACUAUAGUAACUUAUACAUCGAUGUUUGUGUGUGUGUUUGUGUGUGUGUCCCCUGAGCUUUCAUAACGGUUUACCGAGUUUAGCUUUAGGAAGAAGUGAUCGUCAUGUUGAUUUAUAUGUUUAUAUACAUAUGUAUAUGGAUAUAUUUAUAUAUCUCUAU